AGAGGGCGUUUAAAUCCCCCUGACGGGCGCUGGCUCGUACAGCCGCCAUAUUGGGCAGCGUAGGAUUACCCGGUGACCCGCUGAGCUGAAUUCUGUGCCCCAUGUCGGGCGUGCGCCUGUCCCCGGGCUCCCCGGGUGUGGAGCGGGUUUCUCGGGCCCCCGGCUCGCCCCGUACUCCCGCCCGCCGAUGUCUGUUUGGGCCGGUAGAUCACGAGAGCUUGGCCCGGGAGCUGGCCCGGUGCCGCCGGGAGCUGGAGGAUGAGCAGCGGGAGCGCUGGAACUUUGACUUCCGCAACGAACGCCCGCUGGACGGCGCCCUGAGCUGGGAGGUGGCCGGGCCCGAUACCCCCGAGUUCUACCGGAGAGGGCCACACCUUAAACCAGGCGCAGCGCAGCUUCACCCCCGAGCGGGCGCAGGGGAGGAGACGGAGGCCCGAGGGAAUAAAAGGAGCGGAGAGCUGACGGAACCUCCCUCAUCCAAGAAAUCCCACAGGACGGAGACUGGAGAACCCGUGGAGGGCAGCUCGGCUUCUUCACCUGAGAAGACUCCCAAGAAGAGCCGACCCAGCACGUAGAGCUAUGGGUCCCAGGCUCACCUUCCUCCAGUGUCGGCUGACUCCUGCCCACUCAGCCCAUGGACUCUGUCACUGGUGGGAGAAUCCUGCAAGCACUGAUACAGAGUAACACUAAAUACCCCGGGCAUGACAUGUAGCAUUGUGCAACGAGGCACCUUGGUAUUCUCUUACUACCCGUGUGGCCACCGCCACCCCCUUGUGUAGCACAUAAAACAUUUUAGAGAGGGGUGGUGCGCAAGACGGGUUCACACUGAUCUGAGUGAAGAGAAACAUUGGAGCAUGCACACAAGGUCACCCAAUUGAUCUGUGAAUUCUUCCGCAAAGCCAGGUCUGCAACACAUUGGGGGGAGGUUCAUGAAGACGAGGAUGGGGAAAUGACAUGGGCACCGUCACCUUCUUAGGAACUAUCCUAGUUUCAGUGGUAGCUUAUGAGUGUGACGCCAUAUGUGAUGUCACAGUUGGGGGUCAAUAUGGAUUAAAAGGUGGCCAGUUUUGGGCAGGAUGGUAAAGUGGCUUCUGAUAACCUAUGUUGGGCCAUCCAUGGUGAGGCCAUUGUCCAGCCCCUUAGUGGAGACAUCCCCCUGGUGUUAGUUUGGAUCCCAUCCUGUUCUGGUCAUGUUCAUCUGGAACUACAUGGGCCACCUGUCGACAGGGGUGCGCUAUGGAAAUAUCAGCUCUAUGUUUUGGAGCUUGUGUCAUGUUUUCUGCAGAUAGUUACACAUGGUGGUAGAAAUUGCCCAUGAAGGUUAGGCCAUGGAUGCUUGUUCGGGGACCACAGGCUGUAUGUGAUUGUACUCCCCUUUCAAAUAGAACAAAGUAAAAAAAAAAAUUUGGCCGGGUUCACAUCACACUUUAAAAGUAAUCUGUCAGUAGGUUAGGCCAAACAAAACUGCUGACAGCAGUAGGUAGGUGCUGGGGAGAGCCGUACAAACAUACCUUUGGCGCAGCUUUUCAGGAGUGUGAAUUUGAACUUUUAGGGGGUGGAUUUCUAUGCAGAAAAUUCGUAUGAAAGGAGCAUGAAAAACGCAAUAUCAACGGCACACAAAUCUUCACUAUUUAUCUUGGAUUUUGUGCAUUUUACUCGUUGAUGUCUAUGGGAAAACCACAUUACAUCAGCCGCCAAUCGCUGCAGAUUUUAAAAGCCGCGCGUUUAAAAAAAUCGUAGUGUACGUGAGAUUUGUAAAAUGUCAUUUUCUGCUGGUCCUGUUUUCUGCAUACAAAUCUCCA